CGUAAAUUAGUCGGUUUGGCAACUUUAGCAGCCUAGCCAGAUCUUUUGCCCCUUCCCCAACCUCAACAAUCCUGCGAGUCGAAGACGUGAUCAAAGCCACAUUUGAAUGGACAGCCAAGCUCUGAGUCACUUCAACGAGAGCAUAUAAAGCCAACGCGACCGAAGUAGCCGAGUGAUUUAAGGGGGAAAACAGUGACCGGGGAAAACGUGGCAUGGGAACGAGCUAAACGAAUAAAUAAGAACAGAACCACACCAUGGGUGGCUUCUCCAGCGCAGCGAGCAAACUGCACCGCACUCUGAAGCUCAGCGGCGAUACCGAUCAGUGGAGAAAUCGAGAUCUGAUACCCUUGCCUAGAGAUCGUACGAUCUGGUCCAGCUGGGACUUCCUCUAUCUAUGGAGCACCGUCUUCUUCACGACAUUCGGCUGGCAAAUCACUUCGUCGCUCCUCGGCCUCGGUCUAAAUGUCUGGCAAUCCAUCCUCUGCAACAUCAUUACGAAAUUCCUCCAGACCGCCGUGGUGUUCUGUGUCGGAUGGCCCGGUGGAGUCUGGCACAUUGGCUUCACCGUCAACUCCCGCUCCGUGUUUGGAAUGUGGGGAUCGUAUGUGCCAGUCAUUCUGCGCAUUUUCCUCUGCAUUAUUUGGUAUGGCGUCCAGGCGUUUACGGGCGGCCAACUGGUGGCGAUUAUCCUGUCGACGAUCUUUUCCGGCUACCAUCAUAUGGAGAACACACUGCCGGAGUCGGCGCAUAUGACCACCAAGCAGUUCGUCGGAUAUGUCAUCUUUAAUAUCAUCUCGCUCGGACUCUUGUGGGUGCCCCCGGACAAGCUGAAGAAGCCCUUUAAGUUUAUCGCCGGUAUUAACCUGCUCGUCAUUCUGGGACUGGCGAUCGGCCUCAUCGCUGGUGCCCGAGGUGGCUCCCUGGGGACCCUCCAAACAUCCCAGCGAACAGACAACCUGGAAUGGACCUUUAUCCACGGUUUCGCGGUCGUUUUCUCUGGCAACGCGGUCGGCAUGGCGAGUCACAGCGAUUUCUCACGUUUCGCCCGACGACCGGGGGCUCAGGUCAAAGGUCAGCUCUUCUCGUUCCUGAUCUCCGGGAACGUCGUGCCCAUCCUGGGGAUUUUUGGCACCGCCGCCGCCGCGAAGAUGUAUGGCGACGUGAACGAACUGGGUCUGUGGAACCCACCCAAUAUUCUGCAAAUGUGGCUGGACAACCAGUACCAUAACCCGGCCAUGCGAGCUGCGGCAUUCUUCGUCGCGUUCGGGUUGACAUCGAGUAUCAUGGCCAUGAACUCCAUCGAGAACGGUGUCUCGGGCGGCAUGGACAUCGCCGGACUGUACCCCCGGUACUUCAACAUCCGUCGUGGAUCGUAUCUGCUGGCUGCGAUUUCCGUGGUGAUCAACCCGUGGCAGAUCAUCGCCAACGGCGCCAUUUUCACCAACACUCUGAAUAGCUUCGGAGUCAUCCUGUUCCCACUCAUGGGCACCAUGGUUGCCGACUACUACGUCGUUCGCAAGCAAAAACUGAAGCUAUCCGAUCUCUACCGCGCCGAUGCGAGCAGCAUCUAUUGGUUCGAGGGUGGUUUCAACUGGCGUGCGUUCACGGCCUGGUUGGUUGGAUUUGCGCCCAGUAUCCCCGGUCUCGCCGCAUUAAAUCCAAACAACACAGGAAUUCCCAUUGGCUUGACGUAUACAUUCUACCUGUGGCCCAUCGCGGGAUUCUUUGCGUCGUUCGUGCUACAUGCUGGCCUCUGCUAUCUCAGUCCCCCGGCGGGUAUUGGGGCGGUGGAUGAGCAGGAGUUUGACCCGAUGUAUACCGAGCGGUCGGACGAAAUACAGAGCCAGACCAUUACCGCGCUGGAGAAGGGCGGACAUCCAUAGACUGGCGCUGGUCCUCCCAUAGCGAACGAUGUGAGUUGAACGGGGUGACCUUGGUUGUCCCGACCUUGUACCGGAUG